GAUCGACAACUUCACUUUUGCAGAGCGGCCUUCCUCUCUUAGUCUUCCGUGGAAGAGACGGCACCAAGCGUCAGUUGUUCGAUACUCCGGUCAGCUCAAGGUAAAACGAUGACGUCUGAGGAAAAAAUGCACGAAGAGAUGACGGACCUCAUCUAUAGUUGCCGAGACAAGUUUAUUGAGUUCAAGGACGAGGCCGAGAAACUAGUUCGUCGUGCCCAGGCAUUCGCAGGAGACACCAUUGAGUACACCACUGAUGCUCAAGACGACGAUGAGGAGCUACAGGGCAUGGAUGGCGAAAUUCUCGAGGAAUGGAGGCACACCAACAAAAAAAUGGAAGCAUGCAUAAAACAGGGCGGCACCGUGCGAGCCCUUUGCAGUAAGGGCUUUGACAAGCUGCGUUCGGCGCAGGGAAAAGCUGCGGCAGGCCGGGUGCGUGGAAUGCAGAAAAAGCACGAUUCAGCGGGAACAGCAGGACUAUGCCUCGGUGGUGCAGGCGCUCUGGCAUGCCUAGGUGUAGCGGCAACUGGUCCCGUGGGUUUCGCGUUUCUUGCCGGUUCAUUUCUUCUGGAGGGUGGAGCACUUGCAUCUAUAUCUGAUUCAAAAAAGCAUGCAGAGUGGGAGAAGAAAUUCGCCAAUGAAGAGUGGAAAUUGGACCAGGUCUAUUCUCUUCUAAUAAGUCUAACAGAUUCCAUGAAACAAGAGCUGCUCGGCCUGUAUGUGGAGAGCACUGAGAUCCUGGACAAAGCAAGCAGAAUUGCAGAUCGGUCAAGGCUUUCAAGAAGCAGUUACUUCAAACUAAGAUGCCGCCGACUGGGAGAGCAAUCAGCGCGACUGAAGAGAAACUGCGGACUGUAUAUCACUAACGUUCACCAUGGCUUUGAAAUAACUGGAGCCAUGAACCAGCUCAGCAUUGCAAACUAGAACACCGGAAACAGUGAAGCCAGUGGGCGUCUGCACAAAUGAAACAUGGACUCCGAGGUGCUUCCUCACCGGCAGAAUACAAGGCCACGUGGUAGCAUACAGAGAGAUGUAAAGUACAUAAACUUCCCUUUCAAUUGUAACAUAGAGCACUUCCUCCUUGUACAAGAUGUAGAUUUCUUUCAAACUGAAGAUUACAAUAUCUGCAAUGAUAACAAGUGGUGGUUACGAUAUGGUUUUGCUUAUAUCAAACCACGUCAAGUAGCAUGUGAUGCAGAUUGUUUCGAAAAAGUGUUGUUUUGUUCAUUGAUGUAGUUACAAAAGUACUAUGAACGUACUUUGGUAUACGUAAUACAGAUUGUUGUGUGCCAGUGAGUCUGGUUUAUACUUUGUAUUUUGCUUUCUUGUGUAUACGAUAUAUUAUUUUAUUAUGUUUGUCAGCAAACUGCAUUAAAGAUACUGUAGCAUAUCGUUGCCAUAGUGACUAUGAAGUACUUGGUUCAUAAUCAACUGUCUGAUGUGUUGAACUAGUUUUUGCAUAAAUCAUAUUUUGAUGUACCCAAGAUACCUCAUGCUGAGUCAGUUUUACCAGUAAUUACAGCUCAGGUCAUUUUGGCCUGCUUUUCAGGUACUUCCGUUUCAUUCAAGUCAAUGUACCUAACUGUGUAAAAUUAAAAAAAAAUGCAAGCAAUACGUUACUGUAUAUAUAACCGUUUCCGCUAUUCUAUCGCCGUUUAAUAAUCGUAAAGAUUUUCCUUGUACAUUAUGAAAUUGGGCUUCUGGUAAAGAUCGCGUUACCACGCAUUGCAGACUUAUUUGUCAGGUAGCGGUAGUUGCUAAGUUUAUGGCUGAUUGAUUAGAUCGGCCGUUUUGUUGCGUUGUCUUAGCUACUGAAGGGUGACUGGUUAAUAAUAAAAACUCUGUA